UGACGAAAGCGGAAGUACUGAGGCUAGAGGCCGGACGAGAGCCCGGAGGGGCUCAGGGUUGCGGAAGUUUUGUGACGGUUUGGGGGGGCCGCUGGAUUUUGGAGCGCAGUGUUGUUUUGGAAGAAGUUCCGGAAAGGAGGCCGCCGCUUGAGGUCCAAGAGCCGCCGGCCUGCGCACGUUUGGGGCAGCUCCGGGCUCGACUCGACGUUGCCACUGUAGGUUUCCUCUGCCCCCGUUCCUCCUCGAGGAACCGCCUCGUAUCUCCGCCAUGGCAUCCACCUCGAGCAACCUCCAGAAAGCGAUAGAUCUUGCUAGCAAAGCAGCCCAGGAAGACAAAGCUGGGAACUACGAGGAAGCCCUUCAACUCUACCAACACGCUGUACAGUAUUUUCUCCAUGUAGUUAAAUAUGAAGCACAGGGUGAUAAAGCCAAGCAAAGUAUCAGGGCAAAGUGUACAGAGUAUCUUGAUAGAGCAGAAAAACUGAAGGAGUACCUGAAGAAGAAGGAGAAAAAACCACAGAAGCCAGUGAAAGAGGGACAGCCAAGUCCAGCUGAUGAGAAGGGGAAUGACAGUGAUGGGGAAGGAGAAUCUGAUGAUCCUGAAAAAAAGAAACUACAGAGUCAACUUCAAGGCGCCAUUGUUAUAGAGCGACCAAAUGUGAAAUGGAGCGAUGUUGCCGGUCUCGAAGGAGCCAAAGAAGCACUGAAAGAGGCUGUGAUAUUGCCUAUUAAAUUUCCUCAUCUCUUUACGGGCAAGAGAACACCUUGGAGGGGAAUCCUGUUAUUUGGGCCACCUGGAACAGGAAAAUCCUAUUUGGCCAAAGCUGUAGCAACAGAAGCAAACAACUCAACAUUUUUCUCAAUAUCUUCCUCUGACCUUGUUUCUAAGUGGCUAGGUGAAAGUGAAAAGCAAGUUAAGUACUUAUUCCAACUUGCCAGAGAGAGUAAACCUUCCAUUAUCUUCAUUGAUGAAAUUGAUUCUCUGUGUGGUUCAAGAAGUGAAAAUGAAAGUGAAGCUGCACGUAGAAUUAAGACAGAGUUCCUAGUUCAAAUGCAAGGGGUUGGUGUGGACAAUGAUGGAAUUUUGGUUCUGGGAGCUACAAAUAUACCCUGGGUUCUGGAUUCUGCCAUUAGGCGAAGAUUUGAGAAACGAAUUUAUAUUCCUUUGCCUGAGGCCCAUGCCCGAGCAGCAAUGUUUAAACUGCACUUGGGGACCACUCAGAACAGUCUAACAGAAGCAGAUGUCCGGGAACUUGGGAAGAAAACUGAAGGCUAUUCAGGGGCAGACAUAAGUGUCAUUGUACGCGAUGCACUUAUGCAGCCAGUUAGGAAAGUACAGUCAGCUACUCAUUUUAAAAAGGUUUGCGGACCUUCACAAGCUGAUCCUAACAACAUAGUAGAUGAUCUGCUAACGCCCUGUUCUCCAGGUGAUCCUGGUGCCAUUGAGAUGACGUGGAUGGAUGUCCCUGGGGAUAAACUUUUGGAGCCAGUUGUUAGCAUGUCGGAUAUGUUACGGUCACUAUCUAGCACAAAGCCCACAGUCAAUGAGCACGACUUGUUGAAAUUAAAGAAGUUUACAGAAGAUUUUGGCCAAGAAGGCUAGACCAAAGACAACAAGGAAGACGUUUACCACGUGUGUUCUAUCUUUCAUAGGUAUUUUUGCCUUUCUAGGAUGGCAGUCAGAUUAUUUCCGGUAAAACUCUUUUACUGCAGGAAAAUAGAGAUCUCACUUCAGCAUUCAUUUAAGUUUUAUAUGUACUUUUGCUCCAUUACCAAUUAAAUCCUCCUGUUAACAAAAAUUAUAAAAUAAUGGGUUAUAAGCAAAUGAGUGACAUAAAUAGCAAAAACAUAGAAAUUACCUAGUAAAAAGAAGAUUAAAAUUGAUUGAGAUACAAAUAUUUUAAAUUGUUAUAAAUAGUGGUCUUUGCAAAGAGCAUUCAUUUUUUUUUUUUAACUAAAAUGAAGUGGGGCUUAUUUCAUAUUUUGAAAAAAAACUUAAGCAUCAUUCUUGUCAAUGUAAAAUUUAUUUACUUUAUUACAAAAAUUAAAAAUGAUUUACUCUCAGGGAUGGGCAGUAAAACAGCAAAGAGCACUGAUUGGGUUUGAAAGGUUUUGAAUUGUGUUCUAGCCAAGGCUUUUACUGGUUUUUUGAUAGGUUGACUUUUUUCUCCAUGUAGAUUUAAAUAAUUUCUGUAAAAGCAGCAAGCUUUUUUAUAUUUAACUAAGUAAUACCUUUUACUGUGCAAUCUCAAGAGAAAGACUCUCUAAAUUAGGCAUUGUCUCUACCUUGAAGAAGAAAAUUGUCUAUUUCAGUGUCUUUUUGUAGCAAGAUUGACCAAAACAGGGGGUUAAUAAAUGUGUACCUUUUAAAUAAUUCUGCCAUGGAAUACUGUAAUGGGAACCUUUGCUAAAAGGAACAGCCUCCCUUUGGAUUAUGGGAAGUUUCUUGUGUGUGAUGGGGGCGGUGUGUGUGUACAUAUAUAUAAAUUUUUUUUAAUAUAGGUUAGCUAGAGUCUUGUCUUUUACCUUUUAAGUUCAGGGAACAGCUCGUCCUGGCCACACGUAUGUUAUCAGUGUAAUGUUUCAUGAAGCUUUAGAAAUGAGCUGAUGUCUCCUUAAAUAAUAAAAUACAAACAUGAUAUUGUAUUAUUUUAAUAUCUUCAAAUAAAUAAUCUGAGGGUGUGUGUUACAUACUUGAGCACCAACACUAAGUUGUGCCUUGUACAUUUGCAUUGGCUCUACAUGCAAAGGGUUAUUAAGUCAGCUAGAAUGAGGUAGAUUCCUUAAUUUACUGUAAAGUUCUGCCUUGAAAAUGCUAUAGGAUAACUUGCAUUUUAAAGUAUAUUUGCACAUUUUACAUAUUGUGCUAUAUGGUUGCCUUUGGGUUUUCUGUACAGGUUGUUUUCGUUGAUAUUAAAUGGAAGUCGUAGGCCUGAAAUAUGCUGUUCUUACGUGAAGUAAAUUGAUACAACCUAC